AGCAAGGUUAAUUCGAUUCUGCCUCCGCCUGUGCCACUUCAUGCAAUGUCCGACUCCAGCAGGGAGGUUGAAGAGCACGCGGAGCGCAGGCUUCCAGACGUCCCGCUGAAGAUCCAGGAGGGGACGAUUCUGCCGCGUCUCAUGGCAGAGCUGCCACCUUCGGUGGUGUCUGUGAAGGACCUUGUGUCAGGUUUCGCAGAUGCCCCGGAAAGGCUUGUUGAAGAAUGGGGGCACCAGGCCUAUGAGCCCAUGCGGGUGACCUUGGAGGCUUCCACGGCGGAGGAGGCCUUCCAGGAGGCCUUCCAGGAGGCCUUCUCGUUCCAAGGCCAUCAAGGUGAUCUUUUGCUGCAGCUUGGGGAAGAUCUAGCGCCUCCGCCUCCUGAGUGGGCAGAAGUGACGACUGUGAUGAUGAGGAACCUGCCUAACAAGUACACGCAGCGCAUGCUGCUUAUGGAGGUCAACCACAGCGGUUUCUUGGGCACCUUUGACUUCCUCUAUCUUCCAAUAGAUUCUGAGACUGCGGCAAAUCGGGGGUAUGCGUUCCUCAACUUCCUGGAGCCUUGGUUUGCGUGGAUGUUUCGCUCCAUGUACGAGGGCCGCAGGAUGAGCCGGUUCAACUCCAAGAAGGUGAUCUCUGUGGUGCCGGCCACCCUCCAGGGCUUUGACGCCAACUACUCGCACUACUCUGGCGCUCGUGUCAGCCGUGGCGACCCAUCUGCUCGUCCGCUUUUCUUGCGGGCCAAUCUUCCAGCGCUCCGAGGGCACCAAGACCCUCAAGCGCGCGUUGACGUCAGCGAUCCUUGGCAAUACCAGUAUCCCUAUGACGACUACGCGGGCCCUGCAAGUCUGGCGUGGAGCGAGAGCGAUGGUCCAAGUCACUCUGACAUGGAGGUUGCCAACGCCGAAGGCCUGAGUUACGUCCCCAAAUUCUGCUCACAAUGCGGUGGUCGCAUCCAACUGAUUUUCCAAUUCUGUCCCGCCUGUGGCACGGCGCUGGACUUCAGCUGCCUGGCUGGCAGUCCGUAAGCCUUGCAGGUCUACGGGGAUGCCAGUGGCGAGUGAGCGCCACGGGUUCGUUCCAUUAUUUGUUCAAGUGCGAGAACCGCUUCCGGGCACAAGCCGGCCUGAGCUUGAUAGGGG